AUGGAGAUGAUCUCGUUCAACGUCGACCACGGCUUCCUGGAAGGUGUGGUCCGUGGAUACCGCACCUCGCUUCUGACGGCGAACCACUACCAGUCGUUGACGCAGUGCGAAACUCUGGACGACUUCAAGAUGCAGCUGCAGGCGACCGACUACGGAAACUUUCUGCAGAACGAGCCGAGCCCGAUCUCGACUUCGACGAUCGCUGAGAAGGCAACUCGCAAGCUGGUGGCUGAGUUCGAGUAUCUGCGCACCAACGCAACUCAACCUCUGAGCAAGUUUUUGGACUACAUGACGUAUGCAUACAUGAUCGACAAUGUCAUCCUGCUCAUCACGGGUACGCUGCACGAAAGGGACACACACGAGCUCUUGGAACGCUGUCACCCGCUCGGCGUGUUCGAGACAAUGCCGGCAUUGUGCGUGGCGUCGACGGUGGAAGAACUGUACAAUUCGGUGCUCGUCGAAACACCGCUGGCACCUUACUUUAGAGAUUGCAUCUCCGCCUCGGACCUGGACGACCUCAACAUCGAGAUCAUUCGUAACACGCUUUACAAGGCGUAUCUGGAAGACUUUUACCAAUUCUGCCAGUCGUUGGGCGGCACUACGAGCGAAACGAUGAGCGAGUUGCUCAGCUUCGAGGCGGAUCGUCGCACGAUCAACAUCACCAUCAACUCGUUCGGCACCUCGCUUUCCAAGGAGGACCGUGCACGUCUGUUCCCCAGUAUCGGCAAGUUGUUCCCUGCCGGCAACAAUCUUCUCGCCAAAGCCGACGAGUUGGAUCAGGUCAAAGCUGUAUGCGACAACAUCCCCGAGUACCGAUCGUUCUUCGACUCGUCAUCCGCGUCCGCGUCCGCGUCCGCAUCCGCAGCUGCAAACAGCGCGUCUACCGGUGCUGAAGCGAGCGCUGACAUGCUCGAGGACAAGAUGUUCAAGCUCGAGGUGCAGCUCAAUCGGAUCCUGACCAUCACCCAGUUUCAGUUUGGCGUUUUCUACGCCUGGCUCAAGUUGAAGGAGCAGGAGAUCAGGAGCAUCACCUGGAUCGCCGAGUGUAUCGCGCAGAAUGCUCGCGAUCGUAUUUCGGAUUUCAUCCCGCCGCUUUGA